AUGGGUUUUCUUUUCAAAGGCACUGCAAUACUCCCCCCGUCUUUUUGGCAGAUUGCUCGUCUUGGGGUGUACAGACACCUCAUGGGUUUUCUUUUCAAGUUUGUGCCUGAGUUGGAUGGAGUGUGGCUGGCGUUUACCGAGACGCGGCCAGGCGUGCUGAGCAGCAGCAGCAGCAGCAGCAGAACACGAAACAACAGCAGCAGCAGCAGCAGCAGCAGCAGCAGGAGUGCAAUUGGGUACUUGCUGCCAGAUUUAGACUGCAACGACGGCACUGUGUUUGUCUCUGUAGAAACGACGGCUCUCGUAUUCAGGCCCAAAGUGGGGGACCUCAUCAAGCAGCACCUGCAGCAGCACCGCACCAGCAACAGCAACACAACACGCAGCAGCAGCAACAAUAGCAUCUUGUGCAGCAGCAGCAGCAGCGCAAGCAGCAGCAACAUCAGGAGCGUGCAUGCGCAUUGCUUCCUCUGCUGCAGCACGGGGUGUACGUUUGUCCCUGAGUUGGAUGGAGUGUGGCUGGCGUUUACGGAGACGCGGCCAGGCGUGCUGAGCAGCAGCAGCAGCAGCAGCAGAACACGAAACAGCAGCAGCAGCAGCAGCAGCAGCAGCAGCAGCAGCAGCAGCAGCAGGAGUGCCAUUGGGUACUUGCUGCCAGAUUUAGACUGCAACGACGGCACUGUGUUUGUCUCUGUAGAAACGACGGCUCUUGUCUUCAGGCCCAAAGUGGGGGACCUCAUCACAUGCGAAGCACAGACGGUGCGGCCCGCUGUGCUUCGGCUGCUCUGGCUCGGCCACUUCACCGCCAUCAUCAGCAGAGAACACUUGGGGGAUAGGUUCCGCUACUUAGAGGAGGCGAAGGUGUAUGUACACCGCAAAGACAAGACCCGCCGCAUUGCAGAGAAGGUGUUCGUUCGCAUGCACGUCAUCGAGGUUCCGAAAUCACACAGCGGGGACCGCGUGGCGAUACGGGGUUCGCUGCUGGCUCGCGGCUCUGGGCCCCUUGUUGUGGAGACAGCAGCAGCAGCAGCAGCAGCAGCAGGACCAGCAGAGACAGAAGCAGAAACAGCAACGGCAGCAGCAGCAGCAGCAGCAGCAGCAGAAGCAGGAGCUGAUGCAGAAGAGUCUGCUGCUGCUCCAGCAAACGGAAAGUGCAGCAGCAUGAAGCGGCGGCAGCAGCAGAAGGAGUGGCUGCCGUCAAGCGGCGCGAGCGGACUGGUGCUGCUGCUGCUGCUGCUGCUGCAGCAGCAGCAGCAGCAGCAAAAACAGCAACAGACAAGUCAUUGCGAAAGGAGAAUGGCAAGAAAGAGAGCAACGCCGAAGCAGCUGCAGCAGCAGCGUGUACUCAGCAGCAGCAGCAGCAGCAGCAGCAGCAGGGUGCAGUGUACCCAUAGCAUAGCAGCAGCAGAGCAGCAGCAGCAGCAGCAGCAGCAGCAGGUUCCGAAAUCACACAGCGGGGACCGCGUGGCGAUACGGGGUUCGUUGCUGGCUCGCGGCUCUGGGCCCCUUGUUGUGGAGACAGCAGCAGCAGCAGCAGCAGCAGGAGCAGCAGCAGCAGAGACAGAAGCAGAAACAGCAACGGUAGCAGCAGCAGCAGCAGCAGAAGCAGGAGCUGAUGCAGAAGACUCUGCUGCUGCUGCGCGAUCCAGCAAACGGAAAGUGCAGCAGCAUGAAGCGGAGGCAGCAGCAGAAGGAGUGGCUGCCGUCAAGCGGCGCGAGCGCAGUGCUGCUGCUGCUGCUGCUGCUGCUGCAGCAGCAACAGCAAAAACAGCAACAGAGAAAUCACUGCGAAAGGAGAAUGGCAAGAAAGGUGCAGAGACAGCGCAGCAGCAGUAG